GAAAUAUUGGAUUAACCAGACAGUUUACUCACACUAUCAUAACGAGAUUACGAUAGACUUUGAAGACAGAAUAUAAGUUUGAGAUGGGUAUUAGAAGAUUAUUAACUUACUGUCUUACCGAAGAGAAUCAUUGUUAUGAAACUGUUGAUUUAGUUCAGAUAGCUCAACAACAUCAUGAUGGAAUAGAGAUCCUGGUAGACUAUUAUAAUUUUGUAAAUUAUUUUCGUUGUAAAUUUGUGAAGGAAUUAAGUGUACAGGCUAACAAUAGCUAUCUGUGUUUAAUGGGAGCUGAAUAUGUCAGUUUAGAUAAACAGAUAUGUAAUAUGUUGACGAAAUUAAAAAACUGUAAUAUCAAAUUGAGAUUUUAUAUAGAUGGAGGUCAAGGAACUAACCCAGAAGAAAAACGCCAGAAAAUGGAAGUAUGGAGACGUAGGCACUGUCGAGAUGUAGAUUCUCUCAAUGAUUCCUUAAAUGUGUGUUGUGGUGAUGUAGAUAUUUCUAAUUUUGACAUGGACAGAUGUGUACGUCCAGUUCUUUCUGAUAUUCAAGUUAUGGCUUCCAUAAAAUCAUGUGGGUUUGAAAUUGUUCAAAUAUCAAAUGGUGAAGCAGAUGCUGUGAUAGCCAAAGAUUUUUUAAUGCGUCCAAAUGUGUAUGCUAUAUUAAGCAGUGAUUCUGAUUUUGUAGUAUUUAAACACAGUUAUUUAAUACCUAAUAAUUUUUUUGAUAUGAAUAAAAAUUUACAGUUUACAGAAAAUGAUAGUUUUAUACCAUCUUCUAUAAUAUGUGGUGUAAUACAAAACAGAAAAGUUGUAUCUAGACUUAAU